CAAUCUUUCUUAAUUACUCAUCAUCAUCACUCUUCAAUUCUCGCAUUCUCUCAAUCCAUCACCAAUGGAACCACAAAACCGGCAUCCAACCGAGGAUGGAAGAAGUAACAAAGUAGCCGGGAGUAGUGCUAACAUGCUUCGCAGGAAGAGCAGUACUAGGUGGAUUCCUACUACAGAUCAUAUAAGAAUCCUCAAGGAGCUUUUCUACAACAAGGGAGUUAGGUCCCCAACUAUAGAGCAGGUUCAGAGGAUCUGUCUCCAGCUGAAAUGGUACGGCAAGAUCGAGUUCAAGAAUGUCUAUUAUUGGUUCGUCAACCAAAGGGCUAGAGAAAAGCAGAAGAAGAGGUCCACUUCGGAUGUUCAUGUGCCCAUGCAAAGAUCAGGGCUUGUUGGCAAUGAUAAUGUUACCAAUUGGAAACAUGAGGAUCAAUAUAUUAACUUUGGAUCUUCUGCACCUGCUUCUGCUUCUUCCGCUGGUGUGAUGAUUGCUUUUAACGGGCAGAUGGGGAACUAUGGCGGUUAUGGAUCUAUGAACAUGGAGAAGAGUGCUAGGGAUUGUUCAAUCUCAGCUGGAGGGGAAACUAGUUCUACUUUCUUUGACAUGAAUGUAGAACAAACUUUCAUGGAACAAAGAGAAGAAGAUCACCAGGAGAUUGAAACCCUUUCACUGUUUCCCGUGCAUGGUGAGGACAUCUUUGGCAACAUGAAGACUACUUCCGAUGGAGGUAGCGGUCACGGUGCACUACAACAGAAAGUCUUUUUAGCGACCAAGUUUUUUGCGAGGAAUUUAUUUUCCUCAGUAAAUGUCACUUUUUACGAGGAAGAUUUCAAUUCCUCACUAAAUGUCAUUAGGUUUUCUGCUAGAAACAUAUUUUCCUCACUAUACACCACUUUCUACGACGAAUAUUUUUGUUCAUCACUAAAGGUGACCAUAGUUUGGUCUCCUAAAUCAUCAAGUUAUUAG